GCGUGCGUGCUAAACCCAACAUAAAAGCUUAAGUGACUGUCGAUUCAAAGCAUUUACAUAUCACCUUCGAGACUUUCAUCACUUAAUUAAUAUGCUCGAAGGUGUGAAACACGUGUUUUUGGUACUUUCAGGCAAAGGCGGUGUCGGCAAAUCAACCAUCAGCUCACAAUUGGCCCUUGCCCUCAAAGAAACUGGAUUCAAGGUAGGUAUUUUGGAUGUGGACUUGUGUGGACCUAGUAUUCCAUAUUUGUUGAAUCUAGAAGACAAAGAUGUCCAUCAAUCAAAUGAUGGGUGGGUGCCAGUUUUUGCAGACAACAAUCAAAAACUAGCAGUUAUGUCUAUAGGUUUCUUAUUGAAAAAUAGAAAUGAUAGUGUGGUUUGGAGAGGUCCAAAAAAGACAAGUAUGAUCAAACAAUUUUUAACAGAUGUUGCAUGGCAGGACAUCGAUUAUCUAAUAAUUGACACCCCUCCUGGCACAUCCGAUGAACAUAUUACAGUUAUGGAAAACUUAAGAAAUGUAAAAUGUGAUGGAGCUAUAAUUGUGACAACACCACAGGAAAUAGCAAUUGAUGAUGUUACAAGAGAAAUCACUUUUUGUAAAAAAACUGGUAUACCUGUAAUUGGAAUUGUAGAAAAUAUGAGUGGAUUUGUUUGUCCAACAUGUUCAGAAUGUACAAAUAUAUUUUCCUCCAAUGGUGGUGUUUCUCUCUCUGAAUUGGUAAAUGUACCUUUUUUAACAAAAGUACCAAUUGAUCCAACAAUUGGUAGACUAGCAGAUAAAGGUCAAAGUAUUUUAAAACUAUUUCCAGACAGUCAAGUUGCACAAGUCUUUCGUAAAUUAGUGGAGGAAUUAACAAAAAGUAAAGAAGCGUAAAUAAAUAUAUAGUU